CAUUUAACCCGGAUGCAGAACUGAAAAUGCCAAACUACAUUUAAAAAUCCUACAAAAUAAUAAUUAUAAUAAUAAUAAUUAUUAUUAUUAUUAUAUAAACAGCGUUUCAUUGCAAAUAGGUAACAAUAGAAAGCUUAUACAGCCGGUGCUGGUCCACAGAACCUACAUUUAAGGCUAAGCGACAUAGCUAGCAACGACAUGAAGGCCGGAGCACAUGAAGUGGACAAGAAAGUUUUGGAAUACGAAACGUUUGUCACCGAAGUCUUAAAGCGAGAUUUAAAGAAAGUUCUGGAUCAGAGGGAUGAAGUUUCUGAGAAGAUUGCCCAGUAUCUACAGCUGAAGAAUGUCAUUCAAAGCUUACAGGAGUCGGAGUGCAAGGAGAUAACAGCGGAUGUGGAUCUCGGUUGCAAUUUUUAUGUUCAAACCAAAGUUGAGGACUCCUCCAGGAUCUUUGUCUCUAUUGGCUACGGGUUUUUCGUUGAGUUCACCCUGCCAGAGGCGCUGAGAUUCAUCGAUAAGAAAACCAAGCAGCUGACCGAACUGACUGAAACACUUACAAAGGAUUCAUCCAAAAUUAAAGGCAAUAUUCGUAUGGUUCUAGAGGGUUUGAGAGAACUCCAGAACUUGAGAGAUCUCCCGGUGGAUAGCAGAAGAGAAGUCUUCUGAAGAGCCAGGAUCCAGGGCGCAGAGGGAAAAAAAAAAUAAAAAUAAUGAACUGUUUUGGAGUCAGGUUAGCUAGAGCCCUGGUCAGCUGUGGAUGAACUGAGAUUUAACUGUUCACCAGUUUGACCAUCGUGAUGCGAUAACAACUCAAAUUGAAGGGAUAGUAACACAGUAAAAAAAGACAGGUACUUACAAAUCUAGGAUUGAGACAUAAUUAAAAUAUGUAUUUAAAUAUAAAUGUAUGUAAACAAGGGAGAAUCCAUCACCCCACAGUGGCGAUGCUAAAUAAAAUAUCUAAGUUCUGUU